CACUCUGCUCCUGCCAGGAAGAUGAUGCUGAUGCUGAUGAUGUGACAUUGUGACCAGCCAAUGCCGAUAGCAGGAGAGUGGGGAAGGGGUGUGUUCAGAGGCUGAGCUUGUGUGUGAUCGAUGCUGCUGAGGAGACCGCAGAAGAAGAAGGAGAAGAGAGAGAGGUAGAGGAGGGUGGGGGAGGCCUUGUCCGAGCUAAGGAGCGCCAGCACUGGCUUAUUAAAAGAGAAGAGGAGGAAGAGGAGGAGGGAGGGAGAAAGCUGUCGGAUGUUAGAGGGGGAUCAACCUGUGCUGUCAUGGACAAAUAUCGACCAAAGAGACCCACCACCCUGGCUCUGUUCCCACAACGGCCACAAGCCGGCACCCAGGACUCCAUUAACAACAACUCUUUGGGCAAGAAGGACAGCUGGAAGGCGUCUCGCUCCUCCUCCCCACAUAUCAAAGGGGAUCUUACACCAGCGGAUAUCCAGCCCAAAGCAGAGGACAAAGUUCGGAACAGCACGCGGCGCCCGGCCCCAAAGCCCCCCGCCGCUAAUGGAGCCAACAGCAGGGCCAACCCUCAGGCUGCGGCCCCCCCCACAGACAGGUCUGCUCGCCUGCGCGAUAGACAGGCGUCAUGGGCCCCGCACACACAGGCCCCCAGCACACAGAGGAGUCAGAGGAGAGGAGGAAGAGGAGCGCCGGCCAUGAGAGAGAGGAGCCAGGGGGACGGGAGAGGGAAGGAUGGAGGGACAGCAGAGAAGGGAGAAAAGAAAGGAGGAAGACUGUGUGAGGAGUCCAAGGGGAAGGACAAAGAGAGGAAUGGACAUCAGAGGCCCAGAGAAGCAAAUGGUCUGAAAAGCCGGGGGGCUGAUGGGAGAGGAAAGGUGGGAGCUAAAGGGGCUAACAGAGGAGUGGGGGCCAAGCCAAAUAAUAUACUGUCCACCCAGGAAGUGUAUGCAGCCAUGGUAGUCCCUCGCACUCCUGUAGCACCAAGAAACCAGGAAAAGACCCAAGACCAAGGCCAAAACCAUGACAGGACCCAAGACAACCCCCCUAUCCUCUCCAGAUCCAGCAGUGAGGGGGGCUCAAACAGAAUGUCCCUUAGCUCAGACACAGAAGGCCCCCCACCAGGGCCCCUGCAUCCUUCUCUAUCUAAUCGAACCAACCCUGUCAUCAGCGAAGAAGAUGGGGAGGGAGUUUCAACUGCCUGUGCGAACGUCCAGAAUGGUGUAAUCCACUGUGACGAAAACAUUGAGAUGGACUGUACCAAGUCAGAGGUGGACGCACAGGGAGGAAAAGAUGACAAUAACACUGAGGUCCCUCAGGGAGAUGGUGUGGCUGCUCAGACUGUACCAAAGAGUGAAUCUGCAGCAGGGUUAAAUUAUGACUCUGUCAAAUACACUCUGGUGGUAGAUGAACAUGCUCAGUUGGAGCUGGUCAGCCUCAAGGACUGCUUGCAUGGUUACCAUGAGCACAAAGACGACAGCGAUUCAGAGACGGUCUAUCAGUCAGCCAAUGAGGAGGAAGACCCAGAGUAUGAGGAGGAGAGGAAGAGGAUAGAAGAAGCAACAAAGCAAGAGAGGAGGAAAGAGGAAGAAAAGAGAAGAAAGGAGGAAGAAGUCGCCAAGAAGAGGAGGGAAGAGGAUUUGAAAAGGCGGAGGGAGGAGGAGGUACAAAGGAGAAGGGAAGUUGUGGCAAGGACCUGCAAGCAGUCCAAGGUAACCUCCACAACAACUUCAGAGGAAGAGGAGUCUAAUGGAGAGAGGGCCGUCCCUUCCAGAAGUAAAAAGUUCCUCAACCUGUUUUCCAACAGCAGCACUCAAUACAGCGCCACUGGUGCUGGCUCCUUUGGUGUAUUCUCCUGUGUUUUGGAUGGAGUGGAGAGACAACAGAGCCACAGAGCUGCCUACAGGUUUGUCCCUCGUCAUUCAGAUGAGCUGUACCUAGAAACGGAUGACCCGGUGCUGCUGCUGAAGCAGUCUGAGGACCUGUGGUGUCAGGGCUACAACAUGAGGACCGGGGCUACCGGCAUCUUCCCUGCCUUCUACGCCGUCAGGCUGCCCACAGACACUAUCCAAGGUCCAUUGCAACAGAAAUCUAAAAUACAAAAACUGAAUAGCAGAGAGACAACUGCGAAGGAUAGCUCGAUAGAGAAGUUCCUGGUGCGAUUCCUGGGUUCGGUGCAGGUCCCCAUCCACAAAGGCACCGACAUGCUUUCCUCUGCGAUGCAGAAGGUGGCGUGUAACAGGCGGUUAGCAGCUCAGCCCCCUUCAGCCUGUGUGCUGGAGGUCAGUGUGAGGGGGGUGAAGAUCAGUGUCCAGGACCAGUGUCACUCUGCUCAUAGGGGAGACCAGUGUUUCCAUUUCUUCCAGUUGAAGAACAUCUCAUUCUGUGGCUGUCAUCCAAAACACAGCAAGUAUUUUGGUCUCAUCACCAAACACCCUGACCAGCAGCGCUUCGCCUGUCAUGUGAUGGUUGCAGAGACAACACUACAUCCUCUAGCUGAGUCUGUAGGGAGGGCCUUCCAGCAGUAUUACAGGGACAACAUUGGCUACUCCUGUCCAACUGAAGACAUCUUUAUUGAAUAACCCCUCUCCCCCAUCCACACCAUGUCCUGAAUACUCACUACUGUAUGUGCACGUAAGCCUGGUCUUACACAGCGACCACUGAUGUCUCUUCUUCAGAGUGCUUGCAUGGGGGGUUUCUUUUCUUACCUGCAUCCUGUAGUACAGAAAUAGUUUUAUUUUCUUGAUCCAUGUCAUAAUAUACAUUCCUCUAUGGAUGGUUAGGAUCACAUGACAUGUUCCAUACACUGACCAGAAAUGUUUUCCAAAACCUAACCAAAUACUACGGUGGCCCUGAAGUGCAAGUCAAAACAACAUUUCACAAAACGCUACAGCAUUUGAACUUUUACGGAAAGGGUAUUCCU